AAAAAGUAGUGCUAGCGCCAUCUGCGGCGAUUAUCAUAUAGUCAACAUUUGGAAACAUGGCGAAGCAUCAUCCAGAUUUAAUUUUCUGUCGCAAACAGCCUGGUGUUGCUAUUGGUAGACUGUGCGAGAAGUGCGAUGGGAAGUGCGUAAUCUGUGAUUCCUACGUGAGACCGUGUACACUGGUGAGGAUAUGUGAUGAAUGCAACUACGGUUCGUACCAAGGCAGAUGCGUGAUCUGCGGAGGUCCUGGAGUGUCUGAUGCGUAUUACUGUAAAGAAUGCACAAUACAGGAGAAAGACAGAGAUGGCUGUCCCAAGAUUGUAAACCUCGGAAGCUCCAAGACAGAUCUGUUCUAUGAAAGGAAGAAAUAUGGAUUCAAAAAGAGAUGAUGAUAGCAUAGGAGCAUUUGUAAAUACUGUAGUCUUGUAGUUCUGUUGUCAUUUUCAUUCUAAUAUGUAUGUGUAUAGGGGGUGUAAUAAAAAAAAACAAAGAGUAAAGGGUAAUUAUGUUGUGUACAUAUCCACCUUGUUAGGUGCUCCUAUAUUACCCCGGCUAAGCUUGUCUGCCGAUUCCAGUGCAUAAAGCUAUUUGAGGAAUUAUUUCCUGCUGGUACCUAUUCAUCUCACCUGGGUUGAGUGCAGCCGCACAUUGUUGAUCAAUUCAUUUAUGAAGGGUAUUAUAUACCAUAUAUCACUCCCACAAAACAAUUGUAAAUCUGAAUAAAGCAACAAGACAUUCACCUCUGUGUUUUUUUAAUGCUUGAGAUUUGGAAAUCUUUGUAAUCUGGUAAUAAACAUGUGUAUUGGUUAUUACACAAUACAUGUACUUCUUCUUGUAUGCACUUUCUUUAAACAGGUAACAGCCUGCAUGUAAGUUGACCUUCGUAAGCCAAAUAAUCGUCUAAAUUGAAGCAAUUUUUUUCAGACAAGAUUAUUCUUCAUACCUGUUGUCGAAUUCCUCCCCAAAUUGAACAGAUUCCUGUGGUUCCAAAAUGUUCGACUUUGGCAGAGUUUUCUGUAGUGGGUAGAAUAAGUAAGGACGAUUGAGAUGAUACAUGCACAGUCUCUUACAUUUAUUUAAAAGUUAACCUUUCAGCUCCUUGAAGAUACAUGUACCGUAUAUUCAAGAGUUGAGAAACUGUUCAUCUCAGUCUUGGAAUUCAUCAAUGCUGCCCUCUCUAGGCAAUCUAGUGAACAUGAUAUUAAUGAAAUAUGCAUUUUCUUCUGAUGGAUUAUUCACAGAGAGUAUGGACUGUUAAGAUUAUGGAAUGCCAAAAAUGUCAACAUUUUGUUUACAUUCUCUGUUUCUUGUGUUUUCUUUGCUCAUUUUUCAUGCUUUUAAUGGUGUAUAAAUCUACUUUGAGUGUUAUUUAUAGACAGUUUUGAAUGAUUUGAGUGUCAAAAGAGCUUAUAAAUUGGACCUGUACUGUUACAGGUUUGUGUCACUAUUAGCUAUCCACAGUUAAACCGCAACUUCAUACCUGUUUGAAUUAAAUCAGAGUCCAGAAUGCGGACCACAGAGACUAUAAUGAAGUUAAUCCUUGCAGUGGUAAAGAUAAAUAUCCUUGAGCAAUCUCAUAUCAUUGUUACCAUGUAAGACUUAAAUGCCCAGAAGAACUACCCUUUUUUACAGAAACGAAAACUGUAUGAUAGUGUGAUAUAGUUGGAGUUUUUUUAAUGGCUGAGACACACUUCGAGUUUUAUGGCAGGAUAGUCUCUAAUUAGGAAGGAAUGUAUUUAUUGGUUUGUUUGGCCAAUUAGACCAAGUGAUUAGUAGGUGACCUGGUUCUAGAUGUAGUAUGAGACCAUCUGAGAAGAAACGAAUGGCAAGUAGAUUGUGUAGACGAACUACUUGUAGACCAAUAAGCAAUUUACCUUGUGACUUAAAACAGCAGCUUAAAGAUAAAUACCAAUUUGGGUGACAACCUCAAAAUGAGUUCCAACGGAAUCCAAUAUAUGUGCCAAAUGGCUCUGGAGAAAAAUAUGUAAUUGCUGAGAAAUUAGCAAAGUAAGCUCGGAAUUCCAUCAAAUGCCGGGUAUUUUUCCAAGCAAUAUCAAUACAAUGUCCCACAUAUGACUUUUUGUGUUAGUGAUCAUCAGAAUUAUCGGUUUUCAACAAAGAUUUCAUCAUUUUAAAAAGAUAAGUUUUUUUGGUUCAAUGUACCAAAUCUAGAUAUUUAAACAUUACAGUGGUGAUUAACCUUGAUUUUAAAGACUUUCUGAUGUAAUAUUUGUUUACUGCAACUACUUUCUUUUACCUUUAAAAUUCUGAAAAUUAUGAUGGAAUUAGAAAUGAAAAUAAAUAUUUCAGUCUGAUUUUUAGAGUGACAUAAUCAUUAAUAUGGUCCGCACAUUGAGGCAAGGAUUUUCUCAUUUGAUACUUUUCAUCUUAUCUCUGUUGGAGUUUUUU